AGCUCCGCAGCGUAAAACAGGCGAGAAGGGCUUACGCGCAUCCGGCGGAUCCUCUUCUCUGCACCCGUCCUUGGGCCAAUUGUGAACGGGCUAUCCAUCGUAAUCUUUUAAACGCAUCAACGAGUGCUGAGUGACAAUCCGUGAUUACGUAUUCUCCUGCAGGCCGGGACCAAAGUCUUCUCUUUUCGGCGAGUGGGACCUCGGAAGAAGGAAGGAACAUGAUAGAGUUCCGACGCUUUAAAGAACUAGUGAUCAAAAACAACAAAAACACCUCUUCCUUAAAUUGACAACUCAGCGACUAGACUCCCAUACAACAACAAUCAUCCACAGCAUCGUGAUCUUCAGGCAUGGGUAAACCAGGAAGCAACAGCCCUAUACGGCCAGUGGUGAAGGACCAGUUGCUUGCCAAGGAGUCCGAAGACAUGCCCCUCAGGCCUGUCAAGGUGCAGGUCCCCAAUGCGAUACAGCCCCCUGAUGGGGGUUGGGGGUGGAUUGUUUGCCUAGCUUCUUUCUGGACCAAUGGAACGAUCUUCGGAAUCAUGAACUGUUUCGGGGUUCUGUAUGUUAAGUUGAAGGAUAAGUUUGGAGAGACGCAUGAAGAAGCGGCUUUCGUCACGUCAUGGGUGGGAUCUGUGUCCAUUGGUAUGACAUUCCUCUUAUCUCCCGUUGCCAGCAUCCUGACGGACAAGUUAGGCAUUCGCACGACAGCUUUCAUCGGCGGCUUGAUGGCAACAGCUGGUAUGCUGAUCAGCUCUUUUGUUUCCAGUCUAGAGCUUCUUUACUUGACGUACGGGGUACUUUUGGGAUCAGGGGCAUCACUCGCGUAUACUCCUUCCUUAGUAGUACUAGGACAUUACUUCCGUCGUAGGUUAGGAUUUGUGAAUGGCUUAGUGACAGCCGGCAGUUCUGUCUUCACCAUGGUCAUGCCUCUUCUUCUUACGUAUAUGCUGGACACCAUAGAGUUAUCCGCCACUUUACAGUUCCUCUCCCUUAUGAUGGGAUCACUGAUGCUGUGCGCACUCACGUUCCGGCCACUUGUCGUUCAGCAUCAGAGAAUCACAGAAAACGAAGCCCAUGCUUCAGAGGAAAGUUUGCAGAAAGAAGAUGGCUGCUGCGGACGAUGCUUAGACACCUCCAUAUGGAAGAACAAAAAAUAUCUUUUGUGGGUGUUUGCCAUUCCAACUGCUCUUUUCGGGUACUUUGUACCCUAUGUUCAUUUGGUGCAGCAUGUGAAAGACAUUCUGCCAAAUGCCAAUGGUGAAGUAUUAGUCACAUGCAUCGGCUUGACAUCUGGAGUGGGAAGAAUCAUUUUCGGAAAACUAGCAGAUUUUCCGGCUGUGAACAGAAUCAUGUUGCAACAGGUGGCUUUCCUCUCUAUUGGGAUUCUGACCAUGGUCUUGGUGGUUGCUCGGCAUUUCGUCAUCUUAGUGAUCGUUUGCCUGUUCCUAGGAUUGUUUGACGGUUGCUUCAUAUCACUAUUGGGGCCGAUAGCUUUCGACGUUGUGGGACAAAAAGGGGCAUCACAGGCGAUUGGUUUCUUACUAGGUUUCUGUUCUGUUCCUCUGACUGUGGGACCUCCUGUCGCUGGUCUUUUAUAUGACUACAUGAAAAAUUACAAUGUAGCUUUUCUGGCAGCUGGUGUACCUCCCAUUGUUGGCGCUUUGCUGUUAUGCCUUAUUCACAGAAUACGCACUACGCCUACCAUUUCCCUUGAAGAUGAUAACGGUGAAAAGGAAAAAGACACUGCAUCUAACUUAUUGACAUGUGAUGAUGUCCUAUUACGAAUACCAGAGAAGGAUAUACUGAACAGAAGCAAAUUAGAUGAUGAUGACGACUUAACAACGAAUGAACGUUCUCACCUUCACGAGGCAUCCCAAAUAUUUACAAUACGACCGCCAUCACAAAAUUCUCAACUAGUAUAACAUUAUGUCUGAUAACAUUGAACAAUUUAGAACAAGAAAUGACUCUUCUUGUUGCUUAGUUCCAAGAAGAUAUGAAAAAGUGCAUAUAUUGAGCUGAUACUGCCUUGAAUUAAAGUGAUAAAUGUAUUUAGAAGGUUGCUGCAAAUGCCAUCCAUCAUACUCUUUCUAUAUAUGUAUAUUGCCAAAUUUUCUGUAUAGUAUGUUUAUAUAGCAACUAUAUUGAAAUAUUAAGAAUAUGGAUUCAUAAUUGGGAGUUGAUGAAAAUUCUCCAUUAAAACAGCAUGUCAACCUUCGGGAGAAAAAAAAUUACACACUGUGCACAAAGCACACAAGUCACUUAGAGUAUGACACAUAAACAGAUCGAUUAAAAAAAAUGGCAGUAAAAGUGUUUUCACAUAAAAUUUUAAAAGCAAAUCUGGUUCAGAUUACAUAUUACUUAUUUGAAAUCAAUUGAUUUUAUUCCUUAAGUUUUAGAUAUACACAAAUAUACGGCAUAUAUUUCCUGUUCCUACAGUAUAACAAGUGCCAAAAAUUAAUUUUUUUGCACAAAAGUUCACAGGCUUGAAUAGCAGAACAGUUUAAGAGAGCGAUUUGGUAAUAUGAUGGCAUCUUAACGAAUAUUAAUAUUUAACAUCAAGGUCGCAAAUGUUUUUUAAAUAACAGAUUUAACAGAAUAGUGGCACAAAUACCUUUCAUUACUAAGUUACUUUUUUUCUUUUGCAAAAUCAUCUAUGAUUUAUUAAGCAAUAGUAUUCUACAUGCAGUUCAUUUUACUUAAGUUAUUCUGCAUACAUUUCUUCCAUUCAGAAUUCUUCUGUUUCUCAUAAGUUCAACAGCUUACUAUCUACAGAAUAUCAUUAUAUUUUUUAAAUCUUUUUACUGCUUUUGAAAAUGUAAAUAUUGGGAAAAAUAAAAUUUCAAUCACAAAGAAAUUCUUAAAAAAUAUUUACAAAUUUUUAAUUUACAUUGUCUUUUUAUUAACAUGUUUUAGAGAAAACUCAUUUUUAGAUAUUUCUAUAUUUUUCAAUUUAUGGUACUUCAUAAAAUAAGAAUGAAAUCAAAUUCUUUUCGCGCAUUUCUUUUCAAGUAAAAAUGAUUAACUUCUUUACAAGGUUAAAAAAAUCAUAGAGUUUUGAGCUGUGCUUCUUAUCAAAUACUAUUAUUCUAUUUAAAAAAAAUAAUUGUAAACUAACAAUUUUGUAUUUACUUA